CGCUGCCAUCCACUUUCCUCCAAUUCAUCGCCAACGCCCCUAACACACACACCGAGGAUCACAGUCUAUCAUGGACGCCGAACUGCAAACGUAUAAAGACCAGCUCGCCUACGUCAACCUCUCCCUUGAAUCCGACGCGACCAACGAUGACCUUCUCAAGCUCAAGACGGAACUCGUCGAGCUCAUAGACCUGACUGAGCAGGCAAUGGGGCACUCUGCGGGGGGGUCCAAGGGUGGGGAUACUUCAGCCAAGGGGAAGGCGGCUUCCAAGGGAAAGGAAAAAGAGGUGACAAAUUGGCAGGAUCAGGGUCAGUAUAAAGCCGGCAUGGACUGCAUGGCUAAAUACAAGGAUGGGAAAUGGUAUCCAGCACGUGUCAAUGCUGUCGUAGGCUCCCAGGAAUCUCCCCUAUACACAAUCACAUUCAAAGGAUACACAUCUUCCACCAACGUCCCUCUCUCCUCAUUGCGCCCUCACGAUCCCAACGCGCCCAUCCCGCAACCACAGAAGCGUAAAAACGAAGAGUUGACGGAAAAGGAGAAAGAAAAGAAGAAGAAGAAGGGCGAUAAAUGGAUGGAGACCCAAAAGCAACGAGCCGACGAGGUCAAAGAGAAGAAGAAUGCUUGGGAGAAGUUUGGCAAGAAGGCCACCAAGAAGGGAAUCCAUAUCAGCGGGCUGGAAGGCAAGUCAGUGUUCCGUACUCCCGAUAAUCCAUAUGGUCGAGGUAUGUUAUAUCGAAGCUAGCAAGGGAGGCCAAUACUCACCUUUCUCAGUUGGUGUCGUCAACUCCGGCCGAGGUGUGACCAACUACGAACGUAUGGGCAAGCACAAGUUUGAUGAAGAGCGAGACGACUAAGUCCACUAUUUCCAAGACAUCUUCGUUUUUUGGCCUUCCACACGAAAGUUGCUGAGUGACCAUCAUUAUGCUUAUCUAGAAACCUAUUGCAUCGCUGCCAAUCAUCUGGCCAGUGUGACAAGUGGUAUGUAACAACAUAUGGACAACACUGGCUUACAAUCGCCGCGUACUUGUUGAAUGCCGAAUAUUGAGAGUAUUGACGAUCACCUUUAUGUGGCAGUUCUGGGUGGAACCAUGCGCGAUUUUCCGUACGAUUCUACAAUGGCAGCCACAAUACAGUGACAUAGGAAUGCCACGACAACGUGCGUUCUUGGGUUCAAAUGAUUGAGAGACAGGCGGUAAGGCUUCAAGCUUCGUAAUCAAGCUUCGUAAACUUUCCUUCCGUCUCCCAUAAUCCAAUACCUGCGGUCAUGGAUGGAUGCCACUUGGACUACAAUCCAAAAUGCCGA